AUGAAUUUUUGUGAAGAUUUCCUGUGCAUUUUCUACAUUCUUCAGAUUAUAAUUGGAAAUUUGGGGAAUAGUUUGCUUCUUUACAUUUAUGGCUCUAAUUCAUUAUCUGGUCAAAGGAAAAAACCCAUUCAUCUGAUUUUCAUUAAUUUGGCCUUUUCCAACAUUUUGGUGAUUCUCUUCAGGGGAGUUCCAUUUGUAAUCCAGGCUUGCAUCCAUAAAGUUUUCUUCAGUGACAUUGGUUGUAAAAUGUUGGUUUAUCUGCAAAGAGUGUCCAGGGGUCUUUCUCUUGGCACUACCUGCCUCAUGAGUUUCUUCCAAGCCAUCACCAUCACUUCCUGUAGUGCCAAAUGGGCAGAGCUCAAAGCCAGAACUUCACAAUGUACAGUUGAAUCCUGUGUGUUCAUAUGCGUACUUAAUCUGUUGAUAGACGUGAUUGUGCCCCUGUAUGUGACUGCUUCUAGGAACAGUACAAACAUUAUGCUGAAUAGCAACCUAGGCUACUGCUCUAUAAACAGGUAUGCUCUGACUACUUUGAAAAUUGUGAUGUGGAAGUUAUUUUAUGAUUCAGUGUUUGUGGUAUUUAUGGCCAUUACCAGUGGCUACAUGGUGUUUGUUUUGUACAGACACCACCAACAAAUCCAACAAAUUCAUGACAUUAGUCUAAAAUCUAGUGCCUCCCCAGAGAUGAGAGCCACAAAAAUCAUCCUUUUCCUCAUGAUCAUCUUUGUAUUCUUUUAUUCUCUCAGUUCCAGCUUUUUCAUUGUGAUGGAUAUUUCUAAAGCUACAAAGCAGUGCAUGAUCCAUAUUUCUGAUUUAUUUACCUUGUGUUACCCAACAGCUAGUCCCUUUGUUUUAAUCUAUAGUGACUCCCAGACACCCAGUUGUUGUAAUGCUCUCAAGAGGAUGAAAAAACCAUAUCCACACCCUUUAAGAUCUCCAGACAAACACGUAUGA